CAGUAGCUGAGGCUGGAGGGGGGGGGGUGGGGGGUAGGAUUACCAGGUUAUUAUUGAUGCAGUUCACCAGUUAAUGGGUUUAGUGACCAAGCGGGAGCCAUGGUGAAACUGCGAGCCAAAUGUGUGCUGGCAGGAAGCAACUAGCAAGAUGAUAAUGUCUGGGUAAUCCAUCUUCUUUCGUGAUCUUAAUUGAGGAAUAAAUAUUGGCAGAACAAUGACUCUGACCCUGAGGUGAGAGUGCAUCCCACUGAGUUACAGGUUACUGUCUACAUUCUCUGCCUUGAAAAACGGUUUGUUUGUGACUGAAAUCGAAUGGAUGGGAGCUAUGCCUGGAAAACUGGCAAAAGGUGACUCCACUGUUGGGAAGAGUGCGCUGGUGCAUGUGUUUCGCAGCGAAAGUGCUCACUUUCUGAAAAAUUAUACCCUGACAACUGGAGUGGAAGUCUUUGUUAAUCCAGUCCCCAUUCCAGACACCCCUGACAGCGUGGAACUCUUCAUAUUCGAUUCUUCAGGAAAAGAAAUCUUCUAUGACAUGGUGGAAAGCCAGUGGGAGCUUGCGGCUGCCAUUUGCCUUGUGUAUGACAUCACCAAUGAGGCAACGUUCAACAGUUGUACAAAGUGGCUGGAAAGGGCACGAGCACAAGCCCCCAGUGGCCAGCUGGCAGGAGUCCUUGUGGGCAAUAAGAUGGACCUAGCCUGCAGGCGUGCUGUGGAGUACACCCAGGCACAGGAAUGGGCAGUGAGCCAGGGCCUGGAGUACUUUGAGACCUCUGCAAAAGAAAUGGAGAACUGCGACGCUCCAUUUCAGAGUUUGGCCAGAGUGUUUCACCGGAUGUAUGAGGACAAGUUAGAACACAUCCGAUCCAUUGUGUGACCAUGUCCCCUUGCAGGCAGGAACAUGUCACCCCCUCUCUCAGCCCUGCAGAGUGUGUGCAUUAUAACUGAAACCACACUCGACCAUAAACUACAAGAAGGCACCCCUGGCAUACCAACUCUUGCCUUCGCCAGAGUGUAGCAUUCUGCAUUGACUCUUCCAUCCACACCUCUGACCCAUCCUACCCUGGUCUGAGCUGGGCAACACUCUGCCUCUCUGCGUCUCUUUUGUGUCUGUCUGUCUGUCUCUCUCUCUCUGUCUGUGUGUCUCUCCUUCUCUGUUCCUGUUCACUGUACACUGGGUUAGAGAGGCAAAAUCAUCCAGGGUUCCUGCUCCCUCUGUGUCUCUGACUUUCUCUGUCUCUCCCUGUCUGUCUCUCUUUCUUUCUCUGACUCUAUACCAUUGGCCAAACGGAAGAUGCAUCUGGAAACAGUGCCACAUGAUCCACUGCAGCAACAGACACAAGGUGCUGCAUUUUAAGCAGCACUGGGAGGCCAGUACAAACCUUCAGUUUAAGUGGGAACAAUGGGGGGGUGGUGGGAUCCCUGCAACAGUUGGGGAAGGGUUUCCUGUAAAGUAACUCAGCUUAUUAUGCAACUGUUUUCUGUCUGUGUCCCACGGCCAAUGCAGGCAAUAAGAUUCUGAUUUUCGGCAUUCUCUGACUCGCAGAGCGGAGGGAGAAGCUCGUUCCAUCAGUUGUUGCUGUGUUAUUAUUCUUAAAGCACCUGGCCCAGUUCUGUGGAGUAACUUUAUCUUUGCAAAGCUGUUUAUUAAAAAAAAUCCACCUCA